AUGGACCGCGUUGGUAGCCGCCUGCUCGACGCGCUGCUGCUGAAGACGCCGUUCCCCGCCGACACGGAGGACAUGUCACCGCUGGAGGUGCUCGUGCUGUGGGCGAACACGACGCUGAUCGAGGGCCCCUUUGGCCCGUUGAUCGUCGCCGCCACCGACACUGACUUUGCGGAGUACAUCGGCAACAUCGAAACCAAGCAGAGCAACCAGCAGCAACAGCAACAGCAACAGCAACAACAGCAGCAGCAACGGUCACGGAUGCGCCUCUGUGAUAUCAGCGAGGAAGACCUCCCGUUCAACGCGCUGCUGACGGAGGCGACGACGGUGUACGUGCCGCUGCAUCUCUUCCUCGCGCUCAUCCGCACGCUGGACUACGAGUCGGGACCGAGCAACGAGGAGCUCAAGACGGUCUGCCUCACCGACGCACGUGUGCGGGCGCUGCGGGUACAGGUGGAAAACGAGGUGGUGGACGAGGAGGACCCGAAUAUAGUCGUCCUGCGCACGAUGGAGGCGACGGUUGGUCGUACGCUUGUGGAGGCCUACCGCACGCUGACGGGCGGUGCCGCUAUUGUGACGGCCCAGCAGCUUAUGACGCGCCGGCGUGGUGUGCAGCUUGUAUUCCUCGCCGGUCUCAUGCGUUACAUCUCCAACUGGAUGGAGAGUAAAGUCAAGAGGCAGCGCUCCACUGAGGACAGCCUUGUCCCAUCCCCCAUAACCACCACAGAGACACCACUACCAACAACAACAACAACAGCAGCAGCAGCAACGACCGGAGAGACGAUUGCUGUGGAUACUCACCUCGGCGUGCGUGACCGGCACUGCGUGGAGUGGUACCACCCACCGCAGAGUCAUCUGUCGUGGCCCCUCAUGGUGGAGAACCAGCGGCGCUGGAUCGCCGCAUCAUUCAGCGCACUGCAUCACGCUGUCAACGUCGCGGUCGAGUCCAACGCCAUCUCCACCACCGAGGUGCAAGAGGACACGCCGGAGUUUAUGGAGAACGUGACGCUCAUGCGGCUCGCUGACAUUUUGCCACGGGAGGCCAUCACGACCGGCUCUUACUUCCUCCGCCUGGCGCGCUGCGUCGAAAAUGUGUUUCCGAAGCUGCGCGCGCUGUUCCUGCAGUACGCGUGGGAGAACGGCGGGGGUGAGCGGUACAUCACCGCGCUGGACUUUUGGCGCCUGUUGUGUGACUGCCGUGUGGUGGGCGGUCGUGGCAAACUCCACCGCUUUGUGGUGCGCCGCAUCAUCAUAAUUGUGUGCGAAGAUAACGCGCAGCGCUCACUGGGUCGCUCGCUCGACGUGUCCAGCACACUGAAGGCUCCACGGAAGUCGCGCUUCGUGCGGGAAGCGACGGAGAUCGACCUGAAGAGCACGCUCUACAAGAUGCGCCUCAACGCGGCAGAGUUCAUGGAGGCGUUGCUGCGCUGCGCACAGGCCUGGAGCAGCAUGCAGCGGCAGCAGCUCGAAGCAGAAGAGGCCGAGGGGUCACCACCAGCAGCAGGUGCAGCAGCGCCGGCAGUGGACGCUGCGGAUCAAGAAGGAAAGUCGCGGCUGGCGACACUUGUCCACUAUGACCCGUGCGAUUUGACGAUAGCGCUACGCCCCGCAGCGGUGCGUGAGUUUCUCCACGAGUGGAUCAUCACCCAUAGCUUUCGCGGGCCCACGCUCGACGUGUUUCGCCGCGCCAGACGCCACGCCAAGGUGCGGGACUUGUUUGCCACCAACCUGGACGCCCUCUUCGGCCUCUUUUCGGCCUACGCGAGGCCGAAGGAGGCGUUCGGCAUGCGCGUCACGCUGCCGAACAGCGAGGCGAACUCGCGAAGGUCUGCGAAUGAGCGGUCGACGAGCCACAGCACCCUCUUUGCCGUCGGCAGCAGCAGCAACCUUAACAUCGCUGCGCACUACAGCCACAUGGGCAUCGUGCGUGUCAUGACGCUGAGCUGGGUGCAGCGCAUGGCGGUAGAGUUCGAUUGGGUCCGCAUUCGCCGCGUCACGUCACGUGUGAUUGAGGAGUCGUUCGUUGCGGUCGCCGUCGACGCGGACCGCGAGCCCGGUGUCAUAUUCUUCCCCGAGUGGCUCGACCUGCUGUGCGUCGUGGCGCACUACUACGACCCCAACGUGACGCGGCCGCUGCAUGAGAAGAUGACGGGAUUCCUCGACGAGUAUGUCCUCAAGUACCACAGGGGGGAGGACUGA